AUGGCCUUCUUUCUCUUUGUAUUUCACCUCCCCAGAUAUGUGACUCCCACAGACGGAGUGAGGUAAUUGCUUGCACUGAAUGAGAAAGUAUGUCAGCCUUUAAAGCAAAGGUCAGGAUUUACAGUGUCCCUCGAACAAAGGAAUAAAUUGACUCACUACUGUACACGUUUCCCAGGAGAUACAGAGAAGUGGUUAUAGAAUGUUUAAUCCUGGGAUGGGAAAAAAAAUUGACUUUUUGCUAACUAUUGUGAGGAGCAACUCUCCAUAUAAAAAUACAUUUUUAUUGACCUAUUUGUAUGAACAUACAAUUUUUGUAAAUAUUCUGUACCGUGUUCACUGGUUAGGAUUGACUAUAGGGUGAGAUAGUGACUGUUUGUCUAAUUAUUAGCUGUUCAGUUGUCUUGCCCUUCUAGCUUGCUUCCGUUUGUGUACUCUAUAUUCUAGUUUUGUGUACUCUAUAUUCUAGUGUUGUGUACUCUAUAUUCUAGUUUUGUGUACUCUAUAUUCUAGUGUUAUGUACUGUAUAUUCUAGUGUUGUGUACUCUAUAUCCUAGUGUUGUGUACUCUAUAUCCUAGUGUUGUGUACUGUAUAUUCUAGUGUUGUGUACUCUAUAUUCUAGUGUUGUGUACUCUAUAUUCUAGUUUUGUGUACUCUAUAUUCUAGUGUUGUGUACUCUAUAUUCUAGUUUUGUGUACUCUAUAUUCUAGUUUUGUGUACUCUAUAUUCUAGUUUUGUGUACUCUAUAUUCUAGUUUUGUGUACUCUAUAUUCUAGUGUUGUGUACUCUAUAUUCUAGUGUUGUGUACUCUAUAUUCUAGUGUUGUGUACUCUAUAUUCUAGUGUUGUGUACUCUAUAUUCUAGUUUUGUGUACUCUAUAUUCUAGUUUUGUGUACUCUAUAUUCUAGUUUUGUGUACUCUAUAUUCUAGUGUUGUGUACUCUAUAUUCUAGUGUUGUGUACUCUAUAUUCUAGUGUUGUGUACUCUAUAUUCUAGUGUUGUGUACUCUAUAAUCUAGUGUUGUGUACUCUAUAUUCUAGUGUUGUGUACUCUAUAUUCUAGUGUUGUGUACUCUAUAUUCUAGUGUUGUGUACUCUAUAUUCUAGUGUUGUGUACUCUAUAUUCUAGUUUUGUGUACUCUAUAUCCUAGUGUUGUGUACUCUAUAUUCUAGUUUUGUGUACUCUAUAUUCUAGUUUUGUGUACUCUAUGUUCUAGUGUUGUGUACUCUAUAUUCUAGUGUUGUGUACUCUAUAUUCUAGUGUUGUGUACUCUAUAUUCUAGUGUUGUGUACUCUAUAAUCUAGUGUUGUGUACUCUAUAUUCUAGUGUUGUGUACUCUAUAUUCUAGUGUUGUGUACUCUAUAUUCUAGUGUUGUGUACUCUAUAUUCUAGUGUUGUGUACUCUAUAUUCUAGUGUUGUGUACUCUAUAUUCUAGUGUUGUGUACUCUAUAUUCUAGUUUUGUGUACUCUAUAUUCUAGUUUUGUGUACUCUAUAUUCAAGUUUUGUGUACUCUAUAUUCUAGUUUUGUGUAUUCUAUAUUCUAGUUUUGUGUACUCUAUAUUCUAGUGUUGUGUACUCUAUAUUCUAGUGUUGUGUACUCUAUAUUCUAGUGUUGUGUACUCUAUAUUCUAGUGUUGUGUACUCUAUAAUCUAGUGUUGUGUACUCUAUAUUCUAGUGUUGUGUACUCUAUAUUCUAGUGUUGUGUACUCUAUAUUCUAGUGUUGUGUACUCUAUAUUCUAGUGUUGUGUACUCUAUAUUCUAGUGUUGUGUACUCUAUAUUCUAGUUUUGUGUACUCUAUAUCCUAGUGUUGUGUACUCUAUAUUCUAGUUUUGUGUACUCUAUAUUCUAGUUUUGUGUACUGUAUAUUCUAGUGUUGUGUACUGUAUAUUCUAGUGUUGUGUACUCUAUAUUCUAGUGUUGUGUACUCUAUAUUCUAGUUUUGUGUACUCUAUAUCCUAGUGUUGUGUACUCUAUAUUCUAGUUUUGUGUACUCUAUAUUCUAGUUUUGUGUACUCUAUAUUCUAGUUUUGUGUACUGUAUAUUCUAGUGUUGUGUACUCUAUAUUCUAGUGUUGUGUACUCUAUAUUCUAGUGUUGUGUACUCUAUAUUCUAGUUUUGUGUACUCUAUAUUCUAGUGUUGUGUACUCUAUAUUCUAGUGUUGUGUACUCUAUAUUCUAGUGUUGUGUACUCUAUAUUCUAGUUUUGUGUACUCUAUAUCCUAGUGUUGUGUACUCUAUAUUCUAGUUUUGUGUACUCUAUAUUCUAGUUUUGUGUACUGUAUAUUCUAGUGUUGUGUACUCUAUAUUCUAGUGUUGUGUACUCUAUAUUCUAGUGUUGUGUACUGUAUAUACUAGAGGCCUAGUACAUUACAUAAAGCUCUAGUCAUUUUCCUGUGAUCCACCAAGUAAACUGCCUCCACAGUACAUUCCAGCCCAGUACAUCACAGCCCAUUACAUCACAGCCCAGGAGGUCACAGCCCAUUACAUCACAGCCCAGGAGGUCACAGCCCAUUACAUCACAGCCCAUUACAUCACAGCCCAUUACAUCACAGCCCAUUACAUCACAGCCCAGUACAUCACAGCUCAGCAGGUCACAGCCCAUUACAUCACAGCCCAGGAGGUCACAGCCCAGUACAUCACAGCCCAUGAGGUCACAGCCCAGGAGGUCACAGCCCAGUACAUCACAGCCCAGGAGGUCACAGCCCAGUACAUCACAGCCCAGUACAUCACAGCCAUAGGAGGUCACAGCCCAGUACAUCACAGCCCAGUACAUCACAGCCCAGGAGAUCACAGCCCAGUACAUCACAGCCCAGGAGGUCACAGCCCAGUACAUCACAGCCCAGUAGGUCACAGCCCAGGAGGUCACAGCCCAUUACAUCACAGCCCAGGAGGUCACAGCCCAGUACAUCACAGCCCAGUAGGUCACAGCCCAGUAGGUCACAGCCCAGGAGGUCACAGCCCAGGAGGUCACAGCCCAGUACAUCACAGCCAUAGGAGGUCACAGCCCAGGAGGUCACAGCCCAUUACAUCACAGCCCAGGAGGUCACAGCCCAGGAGGUCACAGCCCAUUACAUCACAGCCCAGGAGGUCACAGCCCAGGAGGUCACAGCCCAGGAGGUCACAGCCCAGUACAUCACAGCCAUAGGAGGUCACAGCCCAGUACAUCACAGCCCAUUACAUCACAGCCCAGGAGGAUUGUGCCAUGACCCACAGCAUUGUUCAAACAUCACUUUUCAUCCUUAUCUCAUACUUGUCAAAUCAUCACAAUAAAUUAAACUGAAAACUUCAACAAAGAUAUACUGUAGACCAGGGGUCUCCUCUCCAGUUCCAAAGGUCCUGGACAGCUGCACAGGGUGUGGAGGCUUUCGUUCCAUGAUUGGUUAAUGUUUUAAAUGAGGUGUGUUAGUGUUGUACAGUCGUGGUCAAAAGUUUUGAGAAUGACACAAAUAUUAAUUUUCACAAAGUCUGCUGCCUCAAUUUUUAUGAUGGCAAUUUGCAUAUACAGUGAUCCCUCGCCACUUCGCGGUUCACUUAUCGCGGAUUCGCUAUUUCGCGGAUUUUCAUAAUGCAUUUUUUUUUUUUUUUUGGUGCAUUGUGCUCUGCAUUCUGAUUCGCUAAAAACUCACUCCCGCUUCUUGUAUCAAAACAUGCUACGAAUUGUGCUAUCAUUUUGUCGUCUCGUGCAGUUAUGUGUACGUACAUAAAACAGCUUGGCAAAUUUACAUUAAGUUGGCCAAAUUAUCUUGUAAUUUCGAACAUCUUCUAAACCCAUAAUGUCGACGAAACGGCCUACACGUGAGUCACUGUAUUUGUAUACAUGUAAUAGUUGCUAAUUGUAAAAAAAAAAAAGUUUUCUAUUUCGCGGAUUUCACUUAUCGCGGGUCAUUUUCGGAACGUAACCCCCGCGAUAAACGAGGGAUUACUGUACUCCAGAAUGUUAUGAAGAGUGAUCAGAUGAAUUGCAAUUAAUUGCAAAGUCCCUCUUUGCCAUGAAAAUGAACUUAAUCCCCCAAAAAAACAUUUCCACUGCAUUUCAGCCCUGCCACAAAAGGACCAGCUGACAUCAUGUCAGUGAUUCACUCGUUAACACAGUGUUGACGAGGACAAGGCUGGAGAUCACUCUGUCAUGCUGAUUGAGUUAGAAUAACAGACUGGAAGCUUUAAAAGGAGGGUGGUGCUUGAAAUCAUUGUUCUUCCUCUGUUAACCAUGGUUACCUGCAAGGAAACACGUGCCGUCAUCAUUGCUUUGCACAAAAAGGGCUUCACAGGCAAGGAUAUUGCUGCUGGUAAGAUUGCACCUAAAUCAACCAUUUAUCGGAUCAUCAAGAACUUAAAGGAGAGAGGUCCAAUUGUUGUUAAGAAGGCUUCAGGGCACCCAAGAAAGUCCAGCAAGUGCCAGGACCGUCUCCUAAAGUUGAUUCAGAUGCGGGAUCGGGGCACCACCGGUGCAGAGCUUGCUCAGGAAUGGCAGCAGGCAGGUGUGAGUGCAUCUGCACACACAGUGAGGCAAAUACUUUUGGAGGAUGGCCUAGUAUCAAGAAGGGCAGCGAGGAAGCCACUUCUCUCCAGGAAUCUGCAAAAGGUACAGGGAUUGGACUGCUGAGGACUGGGGUAAAGUCAUUUUCUCUGAUGAAUCCCUUUUCCGAUUGUUUGGGGCAUCUGGAAAAAAGCUUGUCCGGAGAAGACAAGGUGAGCGCUACCAUCAGUCCUGUGUCAUGCCAACAGUAAAGCAUCCUGAGACCAUUCAUGUGUGGGGUUGCUUCUCAGCCAAGGGAGUGGGCUCACUCACAAUUUUGCCUAAGAACACAGCCAUGAAUAAAGAAUGGUACCAACACAUCCUCCGUGAGCAACUUCUCCCAACCAUCCAAGAACAGUUUGGUGAAGAACAAUGCCUUUUCCAGCAUGAUGGAGCCCCCUGCCAUAAGGCAAAAGUGAUAACUAAGUGGCUCGGGGAACAAAACAUCUACAUUUUGGUCCAUGGCCAGGAACUCCCCAGACCUUAAUCCCAUUGAGAGCUUGUGGUCAAUCCUCAAGAGGCGGGUGGACAAACAAAAACCCACAAAUUCUGACAAACUCCAAGCAUUGAUUAUGCAAGAAUGGGCUGCCAUCAGUCAGGAUGUGGCCCAGAAGUUAAUUGAUAGCAUGCCAGGGCGGAUUGCAGAGGUCUUGAAAAAGAAGGGUCAACACUGCAAAUAUUGACUCUUUGCAUAAACUUAAUGUAAUUGUCAAUAAAAGCCUUUGACACUUAUGGAAUGCUUGUAAUUAUACUUCAGUAUACAAUAGUAACAUCUGACAAAAAUAUCUAAAAACACUGAAGCAGCGAACGUUGUGAAGACCAAUAUUUGUGUCAUUCUCAAAGCUUUUGACCACGACUGUAGACUGUCUUUGGGUGUUAUAGUCCAUGAAUAAUCCAACAUGAAUGAAUAAAAACUGCCACCUCUCGCAAAUAGAAUUAUAGCUCAUAUUUUGUUCCGCGUCAGCAGGCAGGCCAUCUUUAUUCAUUAACAUAACGUUACUCACUGUAGCGCCCACUCUCUCCGCUUCUUUCACCACCUCCUCCUCUUCCUCCUCCUCCUCCUCCUCCUCCUCUGUCCAGGUGGUACCCAGCGACUGCCCAGGGCCAUCGGGGUAGCCCUGGCUAAGGAGCUGAUCUUUGCGGCGCGGGCGAUUGACGGAACUGAGGCGAAGAGACUGGGCCUGGUCAGCCAUGCCGUGGAGCAGAACAACAGUGGAGAUGCCGCCUACCUGAGAGCUCUGGACCUGGCCCGCGAGUUCAACCCAAAUGUGAGUGGACGAUAAAGCAUGUGUGUAUAUUGUAUCGAAACCUGUGUAAUACCACCGUUAAGGCAGGGAAGAAAUUACACGUCGGCUGUGUCCGAAAUCGUGUGCCCUUACCUGAUUAUCAGCUGGGUCUAAAAAAUGUAAUUUUCUUCCUCAAUAGCGUGCAGCGAAUUCAUACUAGAUGAAAAACUGAAAUGAGGAUUACAUCCUGGCAUAUAUAAAGCAUACUAAAUGUUUUUGAAAUUUCACAUACUAUAAAAUGUUUUAUUUUUGCAUACCCAAUCAGCGUACUAUUUCGAACGCAGUGUACGGUUAUUCGGACAUGGCCAUUGACACUGUGGUUGACCUGAAAUCAAACCUAUACUCAGAAUAGGCUGAAUGAUUUGGAGUGUAGCAUACAGUCGUGAUGUAUCAGAAAUAACACCUGAGCGAAUGCAGAUGUUGUACCUUUUAUGUACGGAUUAGAUUUCUAGUGACCUGCAACAUUAUACCGGACAACCACCUGGUAUAUAGACUCAGGGUAGACACAACGACCAUUGUUAUUUACAUGAACUUUUGACCCUAAACAAACCAUUGUGUUGCUUUUGAUCUCCUCAGGGUCCCAUUGCAAUUAGGAUGGCAAAGUUGGCCAUCAACCAGGGCAUAGAGGUAAGACUCAUACAUAACAGUACUUUUUCCAUCUCUGUAAUAAGUGAUCAAAUGUCCCCAAAUUCGGUUUCCAGUCAACACACUGGCCUCGAGUACAGUAUUUUAUAAUUUGACCAAAUCUGUUCGUAUGUUUAUUAUUGAAUGGUCAGGGCACAGGUUAAGUCAAUGUAAUGUUCUAAGCAGACCUGGGUUCAAAUAAUAUCGGAGAUUGGCCCCUUAGGGAUGACCUUUUAGGGAUGUCCUCUUGUGUCUAGCAAUAGUAUUUGGGAAUGAUCUCCUGGUUACAGCAAUAGUAUUUGGGAAUGACCUUAGGUCUAGCAAUAGUAUUUGGGAAGAAUCUCCUAGGUCUAGCAACAGUGUUUGGGAAGGAUCUCCUAGGUCUAGCAACAGUGUUUGGGAAUGAUCUCCUAGGUCUAGCAAUAUUAUUUGGGAAUGGCCUCUUGGAUCUUGCUGUAUUUAGGAAUUGGUGCCACAAAGCAUGGUCGAGGUUUGAAGUUAGCAUCUGAUUCAGUAGUCAGUGAGUCAGCUCACUUGCCAAAGAGACCCAUGUCACAUCUGAAGGCCGUCAGAUAAACCUGAGAGAAUCUGUUGAGUGACUUCGUUAUCCCAGAGGCCAACGGUCACGACUGACGAAUCAAGUGAAGAUAUCUCCAAACCGCACUUUCUGACAGGUGUUGUGUCGUUGGUAGACAGCCUGUACUACCAAGUUAAUGUGUCAUAGGCUAUACAAACUGGCAAUAUCCAUAUUGGGGCAAAAUACGACCAAUGGUCAAAUCACGCAAAUCACAAGCAAGACCAGCCUGGUUUCAUGUAGUUUUCUCAGGCUAUAUGAAUUCGGGUCAUUAAAGCUUAACGUGUUCCUGCCUACUUUGAACAGCAUCUGGCCCACUUGAAAGGUGCACAUUUUUAAACAGAGAGAAAUUCUACUCCACAAAGAACCUGUGCAUUCCUUUAUUAUAUUGCUCAAGGAAGAUCUCUUUAAAUUUAGGUAAUUUUCUCAAGGAGAGUAUGGCACAGGAGAUAUUUCUGGUUCAGUUAAAUGCCAAGGUAACCUAUUAAUGUAGGGUUCUCCUCCCUCUGUGCUGUCAGGGAAAAUAAAUGCUGCCCUUAAUUCUGUAUAAUUUAACCUUUAAAGUGUGAAUGUGGAAUGGGUCUUGGAUCAAGGUAGGUUUGUUAAAGUUUUGUAAACAUUUUACCAAUGCACAGACAUAUGCUCAAUAUAGAUAUAGGAUCUUAAUUUGAGCCAGUUUGCUACAGUGUGGAUUAUGCACUGGACAAAAAUAUAAACUUCAAAGAUUUUACUGAUUUACAGUUCAUAUAAGGAAAUCAAUUAAAAUAAAUAAAUUAGGCCUUAAUCUAUGGAUUUCACAUGAAUGGGAAUACAGAUAUGCAUCUGUUGGUCACAGAUACCUUAAAAAAAAAAAAAAACUGUCAGCAUCUGGUGUGACUCAUCUCCUUCGCAUACAGUUGAUCAGGCUGUUCAUUGUGGCCUGUGGAAUGUUGUCCCACUCCUCUUCAAUGGCUGUGCAAAGUUGCUGGAUAUUGGCGGGAACUGGUACACACUGUCGUACAUGUCGAUCCAGAGCAUCCCAAACAUGCUCAAUGGGUGACAUGUCUGGUGAGUAUGCAGGCCAUGGAAGAACUGGUGCAUUUUCAGCUUUCAGGAAUUGUGUACAGAUCCUUGCGACAUGGGGCCGUGCAUUAUCAUGCAGAAACAUGAGGUGAUGGCGGCGGAUGAAUGGCAGGACAAUGGGCCUCAGGAUCUCGUCACGGUAUCUCUGUGCAUUCAAAUUGCCAGCGAUAUAAUGCAAUUGUAUUCGUUGUCCAUAGCUUAUGCCUGCCCAUACCAUAACCCCACCGCCACCAUGGGGCGCUCUCUUCACAACGUUGACAUCAGCAAACCGCUCACCCACACAACGUCAUCUGUCCGGUACAAAUGAAACCGGGAUUCAUCCGUGAAGAGCACACUUCUCCAGCGUGCCAGUGGCCAUCAAAGAUGAGCGUUCGGUGAUGACGACGAGCUCGCAGAUGAGUUUCCUUGACAGUUUGUGCAGUAAUUCUUUGGUUGUGCAAACCCACAGUUUCAUCAGCUGUCCGGGUGACUGGUCUCAGAUGAUUCCGCAGGUGAAGAAGCCGGAUGUGGAGGUCCUGGGCUGGCGUGGUUACACGUUGUCUGCGGUUUGAGGCCAUUUGGAUGUACUGCCAAAUUAUCUAAAAUGACGUUGAAGGCGGCUUAUGGUAGAGCAAUGAACAUUUAAUUAUCUGGCAACAGCUCUGGUGGAUAUUCCUGCAGUCAGCAUGCCAAUUGCCUGCUCCCUCAAAACAUCUGUGGCAUUGUGUUGUGUGACAAAACCGCACAUUUUAGAGUGGCCUUUUAUUGUCCCCAGCACCUGUGUGGUGAUCAUGCUGUUUAAUCAGCUUCUUGAUAUGCCACACCUGUCAGGUGGAUGGAUUAUCUUGGCAAAGGAGAAAUGCUCACUAACAGGGAUGUAAACACAUUUGUGCACUAAAUUUGAGAGAAAUAAGCUUUUCGUGCGUAUGGAAAAUUUCAGUGAUCUUUUAUUUCAGCUCAUGAAACAUGGGAUCAAGACUUUACAUGUUGCGUUUAUAUUUUUGUUCAGUGUAAUUAAUGGACAUUUUUGUAGGUGUUGAUACAUUUUUCGUAAGGGAAAAUCAAGUCUGAAAUUUCAAAGUGGGAAUUACAAACUUCAGAAGCCUUUUUAAACCUCAAAUACUACACUACAAGUUUUACAUUUCAGUUCUUCUGCAACAGGGUGAUCAAAUUAAGAUCCUACAUCUGUAGUUUCGAUCCUGUAGGAAUGACUGGAAACAAUGAAACAAGGAAACCACAUAGCUGGUCAAGAAUAAAGAUGGUAGAAAAUAGAUAUUUUACGGUCUAUAUUGCUGCAUAUGUUAGUUAUGUUCUCUAAUAUCUUGAUAUUUUUCAGGUGGAUUUAAAUACGGGAUUAGCAAUUGAAGAAGCAUGCUAUGCCCAGGUAGGUCUAGUCAUGAACAACAACCCUUCUGUUAAAUAGCCCAUAUUCUCUAGAAUUUCUAUGCUUAUUUUUUGCUAGAACUAUUUAAAAUGUACACUUUUAUAUGCAGUUCACAUACAAUGACGCCACGAUUUGUCAAGGUUAGAUAGCGUCUAUUAACCUAGUGUACCUCUUCCACCUGCAUACCUACGCUCACUUUGGACGCCAACAGUCUUCGAUUAUCUUUCAAACAACUCACACAGUAUGACACAUAAACAACACAAGCACUAGCGCUCGCAGGAUCACUAAAGAUAGAACAUCUACGUCGUUGUCUUUCAUUGACACAUCUUUUGUGGUUUCCAAGGUGAUUCCGACAAAAGACAGGCUGGAAGGACUGGCUGCGUUCAAGGAGAAGAGGCCCCCUCGCUUCAAGGGAGAGUAA